AUGAUCAAAUCGGCGGGGGAGAAAAAAAAACUGUCAACAGGGCCUCGCCUUCCGUGACGUAAGGCUCACGCUACGGUGCGCCAUUUGUGACUAGCAUCAAAAAAGCGCGGACCAUCGAGAUAACCGCAAAAUCAUGGGGUUUUGACUCAGAAGAAGUAAAGUGAACGUCAGCGCCAGGCCAAACCAAAGCAGGUUUUGACAUGGCAGAGACACAGAUGUUAGUAGAGGAGGAUGUCGAGUGCAAAGAGCCUCUGACUGACAGCAGUGAGAAGGGGCAGCCAGCCGAUGUGGAGAUGGAGGAAUCUGCAGGUGACUCUGCAGAAGGAGCUGCUGAGGCUGAUGAAGCAGACGGCAAACUGGUGGUGAGGUCAGAGCCCACGCAUGCAGAUGGAGAUAACGUGUGCACGCUUUGCGGUUUCUCAGCCAAGUACCCAAGAUCACUUAAAAUUCACUGCGCACGAAAACACGGGAAGAACUUUGGUCAAACUCCAAAGGCUGAUGAGGAAAAUCCAAACACUUCUGAUGUGAGUCCAGCUGACAUCCAACAGGAAGCUGUCUCAGAGACGGAGAAGGAUGACAGCGUUUUACAAAAACCCAAUCCUGACGAAGCAUCAAAUAAUGAUGGCACAGAGAUGAGUGUACCUAGAAAGGGAAGCAGUUAUCAAGCACAAGAAAAGCAAUGGACGGUUCAAGAAGAGCCACUCCAUUCCCAAGAGAGAAGACUGAGCAAACGAACCCCAAAACCCAAGAUUAUUCAUUCCUGCAACUACUGUGGGCAGGAAUUCAGAGACAAGUCUCCUCUUGAUGUUCACGUCCAGAGAUACCAUACCAAAGAUGUCCCAUUCACAUUUGAUGGUGAUGAGAAUGCAAGCGAGAAAGACAAUGCCAACAAUCAGGCUGACGGGAAGGAGAAACCGACACAAGUGGCACCCAAACAUCUCAGCAGGUUCCAGAUGAAGUGUGUGAGCUGUGACUUCAGGGUCGGCAAUGCCACGGUGCUGGAGAGGCACACUCGCGUCAAACACCCGGAUCUGAAGUGGUUCCGCUGCAAGCUGUGUAAUUUCUUUGCGGCCACGUCUGAGUGGAUGGAGGUUCACUUGUCCUCGGAUGGUCACCAACAGCAGCAGGAUGAAAAGAAGAGUCCUGCAUCUUCCUCGUUUGAGGCGUGUGUUGAGAGUGUAAGCAGAGAUUGUGCCGGAGAAGGUGGUGAUGUGGAUCAGGUAGUCGGUGGAGAAAAGGCUUUGACAGAAAAAGAACAGGAUGGAGACGAGGCAGGGGAGGCUGUCAUGACUGCAUCAGCCGAGGAAGAAGAUGGAGAGUUUGAGCCGCCUAGGAAAAAAAGAGGGCGACCAAAACAAGGCUCCUCUACCACAUGUGCACACUGUGGCCUGGUCGUGUCCAAUGCCACCAACCUCAGCGUUCAUAUUCGUCGUAAACACAGCAAAGAGUACGGUUACAGCUGCACUCUGUGCAACUACAGCUGUGUGACCAAAGGAGACAUGGAUCGCCACUGUUUCACCAAGAAGCACAUUAAGCGAGCACAGGGGGGUUCUAGCAAAAACCCUGACUCGUGUCACAUUCAGGCGUCAUUGCCAGAAGCCACGGUGACACAGAAUAGUACCACACAGAGCACAGACGGAACGCAGGACGCAGAGGAUGCAGUUGUUGAAGAAGACAAAGUAGAGGAGCAGACUCUGUCCGAUGUGGAUCAACAGCAAAGCAAGUAUGACUCUGUGAACGCCUGCAGCCUCUGUGAUUUCGUUGCUCAGUCGAUUCCUUCCCUCCAUCUUCACGUCAAGAGAAAGCACACCAAAGACUUUGAGUAUGUCUGCCUGGCGUGCGGAUAUUAUGCUGUCACUAACAGGGAAAUGUAUCGCCAUGCCAACACAGACAAGCAUAAACAGAGAAGCCAGAGAUACCUGGAACUGCAGGGGGGCCAGCAACAAAAGGAUUCCGAAGUCCCACUGAAACAGAAGGAGAUCAUUGAGCCUUCCGGGGAAAACUCUAAUCCCAGCCCAGAAGAUCCAAACUCAGCAGAUGGAUCGGAAAACUGUUUCAACAACAGGAAAAUCCACAAGUUAUCAGCUGCCACAGAGACUGUGGUUACUGUGUCCGCGGAUGCAGAUGAAAAGAACCCUAUUGCGUCUUCUGGGGGUGAGCCAGAUCCAACAAACCCAACCACUGAGGAAGCUGUGCUGCCUGAGCCCCAGCAGGCUUCUGGAGAACUUGAAGUAACUGAAUCUUCCCCGCUAGAGAGCUUGGAGGAGAAGGGUGAACAUUCUGAAGAACACAUGGAUACAGAUGUGAUUGUAGACACACAAAUGUCCAAAGCUCCACCAUUUGAUGCCGCAAUCGUGUCUGUGAAGGACUUGGGUGUACAGGAGCAUGCACCACAGGAAAGCUCUGAAAGUUCCACUCCUGCUCCAUGUUUAGGUGCAUCACCCUCAGACUUCAUACUUGCCAGCUCUGCACAUAUUAAAAAGCACAAACUUAAAGAAGUGAAGAUGAGGGAGGAAGCCAGAGUCAGCAUUUCUCGCAUACGUUGUGAGGACUGUGGUUUCAUGGCCGACGGAAUCAGCGGCCUCAAUGUCCACAUUUCAAUGAAGCACCCUUCCAAAGAGAGGCACUUCCACUGUCUGGUGUGUGGCAAGUCGUUCUAUACGGAGAGCAACCUGCACCAGCACCUGACCAGCGCCGCUCAUCUCCGCAACGAGCAGAACAGUGUGGAAGAGCUGCCGGAAGGGGGCUCGAGCUUCAAGUGCGUGAAAUGCACCGAUCGUUUUGAGUCAGAGCAGGACUUGUUUUUUCACAUCAAGGAGAAACACGAGGAGCUCCUGAGGGAGGUCAACAAGUAUGUGCUGGAGGACACGGAACAGAUAAACCGUGAACGAGAGGAGAACCAGGGCAAUGUUUGCAAAUACUGCGGCAAGGUGUGCAAGAGCAGCAACUCCAUGGCCUUCCUGGCACACAUCCGCACACACACUGGAUCCAAGCCUUUCAUGUGUAAGAUCUGCAACUUUGCAACUGCUCAGCUGGGAGACGCCAGGAACCACGUGAAAAGACACCUCGGCAUGAGGGAGUACAAAUGUCACAUCUGCGGAUGGGCCUUUGUGAUGAAGAAACAUCUCAGCACCCACCUGCUGGGAAAACACGGAGUCGGACAGCGAAAAGAAAGGAAGUUCGAAUGCGAGCUGUGCGACCGCUCGUUCAGUGAAAAAUGGGCCUUGAACAACCACAUGAAGCUGCACAGCGGGGAGAAGCCGUACAAGUGCGCCUGGCCGUUCUGCCACUACUCCUUCCUCAACCUGUCAGCCAUGAAGGACCACUACAGGACACACACUGGAGAGAAGUCUUAUCUGUGCGAUCUGUGCGGCUUUGCGGGCGGCACGAAACACGCCCUCACCAAACACCGACGCCAACAUACAGGAGAGAGACCCUUCAAGUGUAAGCUCUGCAACUUCGCCUCCACCACCCAGUCCCACCUUUCACGGCACAAGCGCGUUCACACCGGAGAGAAACCGUACCGCUGCCCCUGGUGCGACUACAGGUCCAACUGUGCGGAGAACAUCCGGAAGCAUAUUCUCCACACGGGGAAGCAUGACGGAGUGAAGAUGUACAACUGUCCCAAAUGCACCUUCGCCACCAACUCUCCCAUGGAGUUCAGGAACCACCUGAAGGAUAAUCACCCUGAUAUCGAGAAUCCAGACCUGGCAUACCUCCAUGCAGGAAUCGUCUCCAAGUCCUUCGAAUGUCGACUGAAAGGUCAGGGGGCCACAUUUGUGGAAGCUGAAUCGGUCAGCCCUAUAGCCCAGAGGAAGGGCUCCCCUGAAGCGUCGGGUCAUGAAGACGUCCAGCAGGUCAUAAUUAUCCAGGGGUACGGCGAGGGGGAUGUGGCCAUCGACCAGGCUCUGGAGGAGUCGGCCGCCGCCACCCUGCAGACGCUGGCCAUGGCGGGCCAGGUGGCCGAGGUGCUGCACAUCACUGAAGAUGGACAAGUCAUAGCAUCAGGUCGGGAGGUGGCGUCCACAGGUACACAUUUAUCCGGAGGCGGUACCCAGUACGUGGUUCUGGAGUCGGGGGACGCCACCAAGGAGUUGCGGGCGGUGACUAGAGACACUCUCACGGCGUCGGCGGGACAGAGCCACGUGGUGUCAGAGUCAUCCACCGCUCUGGACGCGCUGCUGAGCGCCGUCAGCGAGAUGGGCCAGCAGGAGGAGCCGCACGCAGAGGCCACCGUCGUCCAUAAAGUCUUCAGCCCUCAAGCCGCCGAGGCGUCACCAGACGCGCCGUCGGUGGAGGUGAAGCAGGAGCAAGAGGAGGUCCAGAUCAUUCAAGAAGCCGGCCAUGGAGACAUGCAGGAAGUCCUGCAGCUCGCCGCCUCCCAGAUGAUGAAGGAGGGCCUCACGCAGGUCAUCGUCAACAACGAAGGGACUCACUAUAUCGUAACCGAGCUGGACGACUGCACCUUACAGGUGGAAGGAGGCGUGUACAGAGAGGCUGAGGCAGGCGAGGAGGAGGAGGAGGUGCAGCAGGUAGAGCAACAAGCAGAGGAGGAGAUGGUGGUUUAUCUGGCCGGAUCACCUCAAAAUAUCGUUCUGGAAGGUUAAAGUUGUGUUCCCUGUUCUUCCGUCACAGUGUUGGUUAGGCUCUUUUCUUUGUUCUUUAGUUUCUACAGUUACGUAGCUAUGCAAAACUCAGGGCAAAGCUCAUUCAUGUCAUCAAUGAUGCAUUGAGGUGCUACGUGUCCGGCGUUCAAACUGAUGCAGGUGAAGGAAAUCAUAGAUCCCGUUCAGUUCAGUUUUUACAAUCAAUUUUCAAUGCUUACUGUUAAACAGUUUGUUUGUUCAUUUGUCAUAAAGGUUUUUUUUAGCUGUUUCAGGAUUUUUAAAAUAUUUCACAAUGAGUUUUGCUACAGGUUUGACAGUAAGGUUUCAUGGUUUUCAAUCAGUUCUUUCCUUGUUGUGCUAGUUAUGAAAUAGUCCUCUAUGGGUUUUGAUCACAACCUUAACUACAAUCUACAAGUUGUUUUUUUAUCAAAAUAAAAAUAAGUUUUUGUUGAUCCCGACUGCUUUUGAAAAAUCUCUUAAUCAAUAAAAAUAAAUUUGUGACGA